AUGCCUCUCCUCACCCUCGUCGAGGAUCGGCCGACGCCCAAGGCCGUCUACAACUGGCGCGUCUACAUGUGCGCCUGCAUUGCAUCCUUCGCCAGUUGCACGAUCGGCUAUGACUCCGCCUUCAUCGGAACCACACUCGCGCUGGAGUCUUUCACGACGGAGUUCCAGUUCGAGAGCUACAGCACCAGCGGACUGGCUCUGCUCAAGUCCAACAUCGUCUCAGUCUACCAAGCCGGUGCCUUCUUCGGCAGCUUGUUCGCCUAUGUCAGCAGUUAUUUCCUCGGUCGUAAGAAGAGUUUGAUCGUCUUCACGCUCGUCUUCAUGCUUGGCGCCGGUAUGAUGCUCGGCGCCAACAGAGAGCGCGGCCUUGGUCUCAUUCUCGCUGGCAGAGUUCUCGCUGGCAUCGGUGUGGGCGGAUGCUCCAACAUGACGCCCAUUUACAUAUCCGAGCUUUCCCCGCCCGCCGUGCGUGGGCGUCUCGUCGGCAUCUACGAGCUCGGCUGGCAGAUCGGUGGUCUUGUCGGUUUCUGGAUCAACUACGGAGUCGACUCUACCAUGGCCCCCAGCCACUCUCAGUGGCUCAUUCCCUUUGCUGUUCAGCUGAUCCCCGCUGGUCUCCUACUUAUCGGAGCCUUCUGGAUCCCUGAAUCGCCUCGCUGGCUGUUCACCAAGGACAGGAGAGAGGAGGCCAUGAAGAACCUGUGCUGGAUGAGGAACCUGGAUCCCAGCGACAAGUACAUCGUCGAGGAGGUCAACUACAUCGACGUCGAACUCGAGCGAUACAGGACCGAAGUUGGCGCUGGCUUCUGGAAGCCCUUCGCUGCCCUCAAGCAGAGCAAGGUCCAGUGGCGUUUCUUCCUCGGUGGCAUGCUUUUCCUCUGGCAAAACGGAUCCGGAAUCAAUGCCAUCAACUACUACUCUCCCACGGUGUUCAAGAGUAUUGGUAUCACCGGCACCAACACCGGUUUCCUCACCACCGGCAUCUUUGGCGUGGUCAAGACCGUCGUUACCUUUGUCUGGCUGCUGUGGCUGAUUGACCACCUCGGCCGCCGCAACCUGCUCAUGAUCGGUGCCAUUGGCGGAUCGCUUUGCAUGUGGUACAUCGGAGGGUACCUCGCUCUCAACCCAGCCAAGGGCACCGGUGGCCUCUCUAGCGGAGGCAUCUCUGCCAUGGUCUUCUUCUACUUGUGGACCGUUUUCUAUACCCCCUCAUGGAACGGUACUCCGUGGGUUAUCAACUCGGAGAUGUUCGAUCAGAACACGAGAUCUCUUGGCCAGGCCAGUGCAGCUGCCAACAACUGGUUCUGGAACUUCAUCAUCUCCCGUUUCACUCCCCAGAUGUUCAACGCCUGGGAUUACGGAGUGUACUUCUUCUUCGCUUCCCUCAUGAUUUGCUCGGCCGUCUUCGUCUUCUUCCUGGUGCCUGAGACCAAGUCGGUGCCCCUGGAGACCAUGGACCGUCUCUUCACCAUCAAGCCCGUCUGGAGGGCGAACAAGACCAUUAUGGACGAGUUGGCGGAAGACCAGAGCUUUAGACAGAAUGACUCCGACGAUGUCGUCCUCGGAGAGAAGUCGGACGAGGGGGAGGUCAGCCAGGUAGAGAGAAAGCCGAGCGUCUAA